AUGGGUCUUAUGUACCCCAACAGCUCCCGCACACCUUACAACAAGAAGUACACGAAGAGCUGCACGACCAAGGAGACGCUGAGCAGGGAGGGCAUGGCCUUCGAGAAGCAGCUGCAGUUCGUCUCGGACGCGGUGAUGGCCCUGGCAGUCGCCCUGCAGGACAUGCACCGCGACCUCUGCCCUGGGGCCAAGGGGCUGUGCGAAACGAUGACCCCUACCAAGGGCAGUGAGCUACUCAAGUAUCUCAGGGCUGUAUCCUUCGAAGGUUUAUCCGGAGAUAAAUUCAAAUUUGACCCGAACGGUGAUGGCCCAGCCAGAUAUAAUAUUGUUCACUUCAAACAAGUCAGAAAAGGAGAGUACCAAUGGGUACAAGUAGGCCAAUACAUCGAAGGAGAGCUCAAGCUUAACAUGUCAGCCAUUGGUUUGUAUGACAACUCCUACAAAGACCUACCCUUGUUAGGUAACGUCGCUGCUGUGACUUCAAUGCCAGUCCAUAUUCCUGGAACCAAUAAAAUACAACGCUGCCCACGCCAGAGACAAUGGAGUCUGUUCUCAGCUGAGAUAGGGGUAUCCAGGGGCAGUGACCCCCGGAUAGCUUAG